AUGGAAAGCAAAUCUCGACUCGAUUCCUCUCGGUACUUGCUCACCUCAGACAACUAUUCAACCUGGGUCGUCUCUAUUGAAGCCAAACUUGAAGACAUCGGAGCUCGGGAACUCGUCACUGGACUUGUCAAGAUCGACGAAAAAACUACCCCUGAUGAACUCAAUAAGUAUUCCGUUCUCAAUAAAAAAGGAUACUCGAAAAUUGUUCUGAACCUCGAUGCCGCCAACCUUGCCCUUGUCAGUACCACCUUGCCCGAAGAAGAUCGUUUCAAAGGUCGAGCGUUGUGGAAACUGCUCAAAAAUAAAUAUGCUGGAUCCGAUCUUGUCGCCCGCUCGACUGCCCUCGAUCAAUUUCUUGACCUCGAAUACUCCGAUGUUGCAAAUCAACGACUAGUUCUCGCUAAUGUUCUCAGAGACGAUCAAGUUAAGAUCAUGAUCAUGCUCCGAAAGCUCCCUCGCGAACAAUAUCAAUCGUUCCGAGAUAUCAUCGCAAUGGGUUUCGCCACCGAAACGUUUGAAUCAGCGGUGAAACGUCUUGAAGCUUAUGCAAUCUCCAACAACAUUAAGAAAGAAUCAACUGUCUCGUCCUUCAAUCAAGCCACAAUGAUGACUAAAGCCUCCUUGUCAAAGACUUCGGCCUGCUCACACUGUGGAAAAACCGGCCACCGACCUCACAACUGCUGGAAAAAGUUCCCAGAAAAAGCCCCAAAGACCGAGUCCGCUCAUCUGACCGUGGUCGACGAAUACAAUCAGCUCCGUGGAGUCACCAAUUGGUGUACUCUCCCUGACGGUACCCGCAUGGAUGCAGAUGAUAUCUGA